ACGAAGAGAGUGGGGACGACUGAAGAAACGAUGGCGGCCGACCAAGGGUGACUAAGAGUUGUACUAAGAAUAAACUAGGAAAAAUGCAGGUUUCACAACCGAAUAAUGUUAAAAUUUAUAACUUGUCGGCAGGAAAAUCUUUGCCGGAGUGGCUUUCUGAAAGAAAGAAGCGAACCUUGCAGAAGAAUGAUAUUAACAUCAGAAGACGAAUUGAACUUCUUCAGGAUUUUGAGAUGCCAACUGCUUCUACAAAUGUUCGUGUUUCUGCAGACAAACAGUACAUAAUGGCUUCAGGGGUUUACAAACCUCGAAUUCGCUGUUAUGAUACAUCAGAGCUUUGUAUGAAGUUUGAAAGAUGUCUGGAUUCUGAAAUUGUGAAGUUCCAUAUAUUGUCUGAAGAUUAUUCUAAGAUGGUGUUCUUAACCUGUGAUCGCCAUGUGGAGUUUCAUGCUCAGUAUGGACGUUAUUAUCGCACCAGGAUUCCUAAGUUUGGACGUGACCUUGUUUACCAUUAUCCAUCCUGUGAUCUCUAUCUUGUAGGAGCAAGCUCAGAAGUAUACCGACUGAAUCUUGAACAAGGAAGAUUCUUAAAUUCUCUUCAAACCAAUGCUGUUGAGAUAAAUACUUGUGACAUUAACCCUGUGCAUCAACUUUUUGCUGCUGGAACAGCUGAGUUUUUUCUUCUCCAGGUUUUGUUGUAUGAUCUUCGGUCUACCAAACCUUUGUUGGUGAAAGAUCACCGAUAUGGCCUACCCAUCAACAGCGUUGCCUUCCAAGAUAAACUGGAUGUUGUGUUGUCUUCUGAUUCAAAGAUCCUCAAAAUCUGGGACAGAGAAACGGGAAAACCGUUCACUUCCAUAGAACCACCCACAGACAUAAAUGAUUUAUGCUCAUAUCCUGACUCAGGUUUAGUUUUCAUGGCAACUGAAUCUCCCAAAAUGCUUGUUUACUAUAUCCCAGCCCUAGGCCCAGCUCCCAGGUGGUGCUCGUUCCUGGACAACUUGACUGAAGAGUUGGAAGAGGAUCAGCAGCCAACAGUGUAUGAUGAUUACAAGUUUGUCACCAAGCAAGAAUUGGAAAGUUUAGGUUUAUCACAUUUGAUGGGAACGAAUCUAUUGCGUGCUUACAUGCAUGGGUACUUCAUAGACAUUCGACUUUAUCACAAGGCCAAAUCUCUGGCAGAGCCGUUUGCAUUUGAAGAAUAUCGUAGAAAACGAAUCCAGGACAAGAUCGAAGAAGAGCGCGCCAACAGAGUCAAGCUUAAGAAACUACCGAAAGUGAACAGAAAUUUGGCUGAGAAGUUGAUGGACGAGAAACAAGAUAAGAGAAAAGAAGCAGUUGAAAAUUCAGAAGUGAAUAAUCCUCUGGGUGAUGACAGGUUCUCAGCCAUGUUCUCCAACCCAGACUUCCAAGUGGACGAGGAAAGCCAGGAAUUUAAGCUUCUUCAUCCAGUUGUGUCCAAACACGACCGAGAAAGACAGAAAAAACAGAGGGACUGGGAAAAACAAGCGUUACUGGAACAAUUUGAUGAAGUUGAGGAGCCAGAAGGUCGGCCUAGUGAAGAGGAGGAAUCUAGCAGCUCAGAGGACGAGCGUGAAUGGCGAAUGGAACUGAAAAAACAACAAAAAGAGGCUAAAAUGAAUGAAGAGAAACCUGUCGCAAACAAACCCAAGUUUUACGAGCUGAAAUCUGGCGAAAAUUUUAGGAGCAUGAAGUCUGGCAAAUCGGCAUCGGCUCUGAAAGAUAAGAAAAUAUCGCUUGGAGAACGUCUCCUACAUGAACAAAGUUCUGGUGUAAUCAGAUCAACUGGCUCGUCUUUGGGAGAGAAAGAAAUCACGUUCCAAGUUAAAAAGAGUAACAAAGAGAAACAAAGAAAUGAGGAGAUUCGUGCUCAUGUUAAGGAAAGGAAAAGGCUUCGCCGAUCAGCAACUAGUGUCUUAGGGAAGGAAAAACGCGGGCCGGUGUUUUGGCGAGGAAGGAGAGUUAGAUGACAAAACACAGCAUGAAAUCGAGGGAAACGGCAUGAAAAAGGGGAUGCCGUAUGUAGAUCUGAGAGGAAGUAAGAACGUUUGUCCCGAAUAGGACUGCAGGCAGUAUACUGGUGAACAGAAACGAGAGUUUUCUCGAAUGAAACGGGUUCAAGCCAGCCCAGUUCCAAGGCGUUUCCUUUAGCAUGUAGUUUGGGAAGGAAAGUUAGGUGACGUCAUAGUAUAAUUUAGAGUCCAAAUUCAACGCAGGUGCGAACGCUUAGCGACAUCGCUGAACAAUAAGGUGUCAGCGCUGGUUUUUGUCCAUAGCCUUAUUGAUACAAUGGUAUUGUAAAGGACUGGCCUUAAAUUCUACCUGUAGAUUUCAAGGACUCUUUCUUGAAGAGUUUUUUGCGCUUUUGAUUACAGAUUUUUACAGCGAUACAUCAAAUCUAUCAAAGUUGUGUUCAUCGUUUCUUUCUUGCUUGUUCAAAAGUAGGUAUUGUCUUGACGGAAAGAAUUAAGCGAGUUUGGCAACAACUGAACGCUUAUUUGAUGAACUGAUUUUAAAAAAUUUUA